AUGAAUGAGGAUCAAAAGCUCCCAAAUGGUGUCCAAGCUAAUUCUAGGUUUGUUUCAGAAAUUGGGUCUCGAACACGUUCCUUAGCCCCACUUCAUGUCAAAACCUGGAAGGAGGUUACACUAGAAGUUAAAGACGAAAUCAAAAAGGGGUUGUUGCAUAAAUUUGAUGUCAAUUUCAAAGAAGCUGGCAUUGCAAAAUUUGUUGAAGACAAGAUGAAUAACACAUUCAGAUCAUGGAAGGGAAAAUUGCACAAGCACUUCAAAAAAUAUGCUGAUGACAUUGAUUUUGCAAGGGCUCACCCCCCUACUGAGAAAGUGUUUGGUGACAGGGACAUAAGUGAUUGGGAGUGGUUGUGUGAUAAUUUGUACACGGAUCAAGCGUAUCAUGUAUUAAAAUGUACACUGAUUUGUAUUGUUGAAGUUGCUUGCAUAGUGUAUAUUAUUCAAAUGUAUUUUCUGUUAGGACCAUAUGCUUAAAAGUUCAAGAAGACUAACGUCAGGUGAAUUUUAAGAAUGAAAUGAUACUCUAAUGAUUGGUUCUUUUCACACACAUGCAGAACCGUUGUAGGAUCAAUACUAUUAAUAGGAACAAGAAAAUUUAUAAUCACUGUGGUGGUUCACGCCCUUUCACAAAACAUAUGGAAGCCGAAGAACAGGUAAAUAUCUGGUAUUCUUUAAAUUUAGUUGCUGAUCUCCAUUAUUAGAUAUAUCUGUCGAAUUAAUUUGUUUCAUUUGCUGUGAAAACUUAUCCAUUAAUUUGUUCAAUCUUGGUGACAUAUAAAACAAUAAUAUAGAAAUAUGAUGAGGAGCUUCAGAACAAAUGGCGGACUAUUUUUGUGCAGUUCUUAUUUACAUACUAGACUUCUUCUCAUAUACCAUUAAUUAUAUUGGCUUUCAAUUGCUUUAUUAUGG